AUUCUGAGCUUUAGAUGUCCGUGAUUUGCCUGAUUCAGUAUAACUCGCACAUUCAGCUUCUUGGCUCAGCGCCUUCUUCUUGGGCUCAGCGCCUUAUAAAGACAUGAACCAAUUGACAGUUUUCAUGCCGGGUUAGUCUUUUAUUUGAGAAAGACGAGCGAAGAGGGAGCUGAGGCGCCGAAUUGGAUCAGGCAUUAGAAUAGAGAACAGUAGUUGAGAAUGGAAGGCGGUCUUUGUGGGAGCGCAUACGCAGUCUAAAGAAUUGCGUCUAAAGAAUUGGCGUCGGCUUCUCUGGCUGCCGAGCAUGCCGACUGUCAGUGUGAAACGGGACUUGCUUUUCCAGGCACUGGGAAGGAGUUACACGGAUGAAGAAUUUGAUGAACUUUGCUUUGAGUUUGGCUUGGAGCUUGAUGAAAUUACCUCUGAAAAGGAAAUAUUAAACAAAGAGCAAGGGGAUGGAAAGGCAGAGGGUGCUUCUGAAGUCAUUCUCUAUAAAAUUGAUGUUCCUGCUAACCGAUAUGAUCUCCUUUGUUUGGAAGGUCUAGUCAGAGGUCUUCAGGUUUUUAAAGAGAGAAUAAGGGCUCCACGAUACAAAAGGAUCACACCACCUACUAAUGAAAUUCAGAGACUUUCCAUUAUGGAAGAGACUGCCCAAGUCCGUCCUUACGCUGUGGCUGCAGUUCUUCGUAACAUAACUUUGACCAAGGACCGCUACGAUAGUUUCAUUGACCUUCAAGAAAAGUUACAUCAGAAUAUAUGCAGGAAAAGAUCAUUAGUAGCAAUUGGAACCCAUGAUUUAGAUACUGUCUCAGGCCCAUUUAUAUAUACAGCUAAACCACCAUCUGAAAUUAAAUUCAAACCUUUGAAUCAGGACAAGGAGUAUACUGCCUCUGAAAUUAUGGAUCUUUACAAGACGGAUAGCCACCUUAGGCAUUAUCUGCACAUUAUUGAAAAUGAACCACUUUAUCCAGUGAUCUAUGAUAGCAAUGGUGUUGUCCUUUCCAUGCCACCGAUAAUUAAUGGAGACCAUACAAAAAUAAGUAUCAAUACCAGAAAUGUGUUCAUUGAGUGUACAGCUACAGACCUUACUAAAGCAAAAAUUGUCCUUGAUAUCUUAGUCACUAUGUUCAGUGAAUACUGCCAGAAGCCAUUCACUGUUGAAGGAACAGAAGUAACUUAUCCUAAUGGAAAAAGCUACAUCUUCCCAGAGCUGGCUUAUCGUCGGGAAAAGAUAAAACCUGACAUAAUGAACAAGAAAAUAGGAAUUAGUGAGACUCCAGCAAGCCUUGCAAAGCUGCUCACCAGGAUGUGUUUGAAGUCCCACAUCAUAGGGAAUGGGAACAAUAUAGAAGUCGAAAUCCCUCCUACAAGAUCUGACAUUAUCCAUGCAUGUGAUAUCAUAGAAGACGCAGCAAUUGCGUAUGGCUAUAAUAACAUUCAGAUGACUAUUCCGAAAACAUACACCAUAGCUAAUCAAUUCCCUCUCAAUAAACUCACAGAGCUCCUGAGACAAGACUUGGCGGCAGCAGGCUUCACUGAAGCACUCACUUUUGCUCUGUGUUCCCAAGAAGACAUUGCUAACAAAAUGGGGAUCGACAUCUCUGCAACAAAAGCAGUGCACAUAGCAAAUCCAAAAACAGUAGAAUUUCAGGUGGCACGUACUACCCUCUUGCCUGGUCUCCUGAAAACUAUUGCUGCUAACAGGAAGAUGCCUCUACCUCUGAAACUCUUUGAGAUCUCUGACAUUGUAGUAAAAGAUUCCACCAAAGAUGUAGGUGCAAGAAACCACAGGCAUCUUUGUGCUGUUUACCAUAACAAAACCCCCGGCUUUGAGGUGAUUCAUGGGCUGCUGGAUAGAGUCAUGCAGCUGCUGGAUGUCCCACCAAGUAAAGAGAAUGGAUAUUACAUUAAAGCCACUGAAAACUCUGCUUUUUUCCCUGGGCGCUGUGCUGCGAUUUUUGCUAAAGGACACAGCAUCGGGAACCUCGGAGUCCUUCACCCUGAUGUCAUCACCAAGUUUGAGCUCACCAUGCCCUGCUCUGCUCUAGAAAUCACAAUUGAGCCUUUCUUGUGAAUGCCUGAGAGCAGCCUCCCUUCUCCGUCCACAUCAUUCUGUAACCAGCCUGGUUUUGUGGUAACCUUUUAGGAGCUCAUUCCUACCUUUUAAUGAACCUAGACCAAGCUUCUUUGGAGCUCUAAUUUUUAAAAAAUCUCCCAUUUUUGCAAUAGAGCUGUCUUCAGUAACAUAAAACUAUAGCUUCUCAAGUAUAACACCUUGAAUGAUCAAUCUGUUAAUAAAAAUGCUUGAGGCAGAACUUGAGCCCAUUAGUGAUUACAGCUGUGUGUGUAACCAAUCUCAUUUCUUUAUUUUUAUGCAAUAAGUUAAUUAACAAGCACAAAUAUUGAAGAAAUGUGAGCAGAACAAGAAGCUGAGUUGUCACUGUAUGAGUGUCAUGUGGUUGUCCAAUGGGAAAAGAUGGUAAAGAAAUAAAUUCAUUUAUUCAAA